AUGGUCGGAGGCGUGCCCGCGCCUCGUAGGCAGUACAAUCCAUACUCCAACACGUACAAUUCGGGCUGGAGAGAUCACCCCAACUUCAACUAUGGGAAUAGGCCACAGAAUUCAUUCUCAAAUCGUCCACCGGGAUUUCAGCAACCAUGGCAACCCAAGCCUCAACCUUCGCCCUCCAAUUCAGGAGGCUCUUUGGAGGAUAUUGUCAAGAGUCUAGCCACGAGUACUACUCAACUCCAGCAAGAAACUAGGUUCUUGGUCACAAGCACUGCUCAGUUCCAACAGGAAACUAAAUUGGGCAUAAAAAAUCUGGAAACUCAAAUAAGCCACAUGGCAACUGCAAUUAAUCGCUUAGAGUCUCAAGUUUUAGAAAAAUUACCAUCACAACCCGAGGCGAAUCCGAAGAACAUGAGUGCCAUGACACUGAGGAGUGGCAAGGAAGUUGAGGGGUUGGCAAAGACAAAGAAGGCGGAGAAGGAAAAAGAGGUCCUGGACGUAUUCCGAAAAAUAGAGAUUAACAUCCCCUUAUUGGAGGCAAUUAAGCAGGUACCAAAGUACGCAAAAUUUCUCAAGGAUUUAUACACCGAUAAGAGGAAGUUGAGAGGGGACGAAAGAGUAGCGGUGGGAGAAAACGUAUUGGCUAUACUCCAAAGAAAGCUCUCACCCAAGUGUGGAGAUCCAGAUAUAUUCACGAUCCCAUGUAAAAUAGGAAACACACCGAUUAGGAAAGCAAUGUUGGAUUUAGGGGCGUCAAUCAACGUGAUGCCAAAAAUCAUUUAUGCUUCUCUAAAUCUUGGGCCAUUAAAAGAAACGGCCAUCAUAAUCCAACUAACUGACCGCACCAAUGCUUAUCCAGAGGAGCUAGUUGUGGAUGUCUUGAUUCAGGUAAAUGAGUUAGUUUUUCCAAUAGAUUUUUAUAUCCUGGAUAUGGGAGAUGAAAAGUCGUUAAAUCUGUUACCUAUUUUGUUAGGUAGACCGUUUCUUAGCACUGCUAGGACUAAAAUAGAUGUGAAUAAGGGUACUUUAUCAAUGGAAUUUGAUGGCAAAAUGGUAAAUUUCAAUAUUUUCGAGGCGAUGAAGUAUCCAGAAGAAUCUAACUCAGUCUUUGCUUUGAGUGUUAUUGAACCCAUUGUACAGGAAAUUUUUGAAUUGGAUGGUAAAGAUGCAUUGGAAGUGGCCUUGACCAAGCCUCUUGAAUUGGGUGUAGCUCUUAAUAUGGACAUGAGGGAUGAGUUGCAUCGUGCAGUAGAAGCAUUACACUCGCUUCCAACCGUUUCUCCAAGGUAUGAGCUUACUUCUCUUUUUGUGCCGAAAAUUCAGACAAAGUUGCUUCUUUCAGUCGUGCAGGCACCGGAGUUAGAGUUUAAGUUUCUCCCGAAGCAUCUAAAGUACGCAUUCCUGGGAGACCGGAAGACGCUUCUAUGA